AUGGCAUACCAUGCGACAGCUCUCCUGGCCCUCUCUGGCCUUGCAUCUCUGAGCAACGCCAAACCCAUCCACCCUUACAGCUCCACCGAUAGCAGCUCCGAUCACCACGGCAGCAUGACCUCUUCUUCUUCUAACUCCACUUCUUCCUUCUACCAAAGCUUCCCCACCCAGGUCGCUUCCAGCAAGAAUCUGCUCCUCAGCAACGGCUUCCCAAAGCUCUCUCCCUCAGCCCUCACAGACGUCAACAAUGCCGCCCACGGCACCCUCUCCAACGCCACCGGCAACGUGACCUUUGCCCCCGACUCGCUUACAAACUUCCAACUCAUUGCCUUUAACGAAUUCUUCGAAGUCGCCUUCUUCACCUCUCUACUCACCAACAUCACCACCGGCGUUCCUGGCUUUGAAAUCCCUGCACGUCUCAACAGCACCUACAUCAUCGACACUUUGAUCGCUGUGCAAGCCCAAGAAGAACUACACGCCAUCAACGCAAACACCAAAUUGCCCGUGCCGCUCCAGACCUGCGAGUACAAGUUCCCCACCAUCAAUUUCACGGAUGCCAUAGGACUUGCAGCCACUUCUACCGAUGUCGUCAUGGGCACUUUGCAAGAUGUUGCGUUUGUUUUUGCCGACGAUGGCAAUAAAGGUGUUGUCAAUGGCAUUGUGUCUGUGGUUGGUCAGGAAGGAGAACAAAAUGGCUUUUACCGCUCCCUGCUCAACAAGAUUCCCUCUGCGCAACCUUUUCUCACGGCAUCAGCCCGCGAUUUUGCUUUCUCGGCACUGAAUCAGAACUUUGUGGUUAAAGGCUCUUGCGAUAUUUCUGGUAUCCCGCUUAAGGUGUUUGAGGUGCUUACUCUUGUGACUCCCAAUGUUGAACUCGGUGAUCAAGUCAUCAGUUUGAGUUUUGAUAUCAGCAAUUACCGUGGUACUGCUGAGGACUUGGAGUUUGUGCUUAUCAGCGGACAAAAUGUUCCUAUUGUGCAGGAGCUCAAGAAUGUCAAGCAGGAGGGCAAAAAGGUUACUUUUGAGGCUGAGUUUUUGCAGCAGACUGAUCUUCUCUUUGGUCUUACCAUUGGUGCUGUGGUGAAGAAGGGACAGAGCUUGGCUACUGUCAAGGAUGUGGUUGAUGCUACUGUUUUCGGACCUGCGCUUAUUGAAGUUGCUUAG